AUGUCUAAAGAAGGGUCAAGAGCUUCCUGGAACUUCACUUAUGAGAAAGGGCUUGCUGAUCUACUCCAUGAGCACAAUCAUGAAAAGUUCAGGGGCCAAAAUGGUUGGGUAACAGAAGGUUGGAGAAGCAUUGUCAAGAAGUUCAACGAAAAGUUUCCAUCAACUGGGUUUACAAAAAGCCAGAUACAAGAAAAGGAGAAGGAACUCAAAGGAAGCUACAAGGCAAUUCGUGAUGCGCGGAAGCAAAGUGGUACAGGUUGGAAUGCUUCUAUGUGCAUGAUCAAUGCUGAACCAUACAUCUGGGAUAAAUUUAUUGUUGACUUUCCAAAGGUGAGGAAAUUUCGUACAAAAACCUUCCCUUUGUAUGAAAGUUUGGCACAAUUGUAUGAAGUUAAUUUAGGUGCAUUUAUCCACUAUGAAACAGGGAGCAUUGCUAUAGGUGAUCUAAAUUUCACAUCAACUGAGCCAACUGAGCAGCAGCCGCCGCCACCAACAGAACAUGUCAACCUAGAUGAUCCUAAUGUUGGCUUGAACCCUUUCUUUGCAAAUUUGGAUGUGCAAAGGGCAUCAAGUGAUACCAUGGAUGAUGAAGUAGAAAAUACCACUUCAUCUUAUUCUGGACAGAAAGGAGAUGAUCAUGGAAAAAACAGAAAGCAAAGUCAAGUUGCCGGUGUUCUACAAGACUAUGUCAACUUUAGGAAGAAGCAAACUAAAAAAUUUAUGGAUGAACUUAAUGAAACAACAAAGCCGAAAGAUGACUAUUCCAUCAAGAAUUGUCUUGCUCUUCUAGAAUCAAUUGAAGAACUUUCAGAUGAGAAAAAGGCAAUGGCAACAAGUAUCUUCAAGUGUGAGCUGAAUAGAGAAAUUUUCAUCAAUUUCAAGAACCCAAAAGUUCGUCUACUGUGGGUUAAAGGUGAAAUUGCUCCCAAGCUCAGAAAGCUUGGAAGGGACCCAUGUGUCAUGGAAAUCUUUGUUUUUUUCUGA